AUGUAUAUACACACAGACACAUGUACACACAUACAUGUACAUAUAUGUAGACACAUGUACAGGUACAUACACAUACACAGACACAUGUAUAUGCAUACACAGACACCCACAAACGCACACAAAUGUACACACACCCCUAUAAAAAGUUGCAGUACUUCGUUGUUCACUCACAGAGCCGGGUACUGCACUCUAGGGGGAGGCAGAGAGCACAGCACACACUCCUUCCUUUGCUUUCACUGUGCUCAGCUAUUGAGCAGUCUGAUGGCUCCCAGUGCCAAUGACAGACCCGACUUGAGCUCCGAG